AUGGCUGGCAAAAGAAGCCAAACCUCAAGCCCGAUCAGGAGCCCUUCCUCGGACAAUAGCUCCUCAGCCAAAUUAGAUCAAGAACGGUUUCUUCCGAUCGCAAAUGUCAAUCGUAUAAUGAAAAAAUCACUUCCUGCCAAUGCAAAGGUAUCCAAAGAAGCUAAAGAAACCGUCCUAGAAUGUGUGUCCGAGUUCAUUAGCUUCAUAACUGGCGAAGCAUCCGAAAAGUGCCAACGUGAGAAGAGGAAGACGAUCAACGGUGACGAUCUUUUGUGGGCGAUGACGACAUUAGGGUUUGAGAAUUACGUUGUGCCAUUGAAGGUUCAUCUCAACAAGUAUAGAGACAUUGAGGGAGAGAAGAACUUGUUGGCUAGAUCACAAGAAGACCAGUCUUCCACUAAUAAUACAAAUGAAAUGGUGAUCAACAAAGUCAAUAGUCCCAUUCUGGCUAGUAAGAUAGAAUUUCAAGGGUUUAAUAGUGGACUUCUCUCCCUUGGUGCUCCAAAGAGCUUUGAAUUUGGAGAGAAUUGUGUGAAUCUCAACUUCAAUGUGAGUAGGGUUUGUGAAAAUGGUGAUGGGAAUGGCAACAGAGCUCAUAUUCUUCAUCAUGGGCCUCAAUGGUAA